AGAGGCUAAAGGAAGCACUGUGGGACAGCAAUGAAAAAAUCGAGGAACAAGCCAAGGAACUUGGGAACGUGGUUCUGGAUCCAGACACAGCCCACUGUGAGCUUGUUGUGUCUGACAAUGGCAAAAGUGUGACACGAGGUGACCCACGAGAGGACAUCCCUGACACCCCCAACAGAUUUGAUGUGUGGCGCUGCGUUCUGGGCCGUGACGGCUUCACCUCUGGGAGACACUACUGGGAGGUGGAGGUGGAGGAGGAUACAGGAACAUGGGCUGUGGGGGUCUCUAGAGAAGAUGGGAAAAGGAAGGGUUGUUUUAGGUUUGAACCAGAGAAAGGCCUCUGGGCAGUGGGGAAACAGGGACAAUGCUUGAAAGCUUUCACCUCCACUCAUCCUACUUCAUUUCCUGAAAUCCAGGCUCCCAGACGGAUCAGGGUGUCUCUGGAUUAUGAAGGGGGACGGGUGUCAUUUUUCAGUGUUGAUGAGGGGAUUCACAUCUUUACAUUUCCACAGGCAUCAUUUGGGGGGAUAAAAGUCUACCCUUGGGUCUGGGUGGGUCCUGAGACAUGUCUGAAAAUAUGGCCCUGAUGAAGAGGAGGCAGUAAG